AAAUCUGGGCUUUUUUUUUGGAUGCUGCUGACUCCUGUGAGGUCCGAUUGUCACUGAUCAUCAGUAGCUUUAGCUUGCUAACCAGUUAGCAUGUUCGUAGUGAGAUGACUAUACGUUAUAAACCAUCGAACCGGAACAUUUUCGGUGUGUGAUUUAGCGUAAUACACAUAUGUUUUGUUUUUAGUGGUUAGUGGUAAGGUUAAGUUGCAACACACUGAAUUAAAACGGAUAGUAGUUAGCUAACGCUAACAGCGAAAGAUGGCCAGCCAGCCUGUGACGCCUCUACAUAUUUUGACAGCUCACUAGGCCGAAGCCACACACUUCUGCAUUAACCACUGACUUUAUCUGGGACAAAAGGACAACUCGCUUCCGCUUUGAAACCUACAGUAAAAAAAAAAAUUAAGUGAUUAAACGGACUUUUUCUGUCACUUUCUCUGAUUGGGUUUCAGACUGGUCGGUGAGCGAUGUCGCCGACAUCCAGCUGUGACUGCCCCCACCUGGACUGUGUGGGGGAGAUCACCAAGGAGGAACUAAUUCAGAAGUCUCAUGGUCAGUGUCAAGACUGCAAAGUCAGAGGACCGAAUCUGUGGGCGUGUUUGGAGGAUGGCUGUGCCUACGUGGGCUGUGGGGAAUCUCACGCCGACCACAGCACGGUGCACUCGCAGGAGACGAGCCACAACCUCACAGUGAAUCUGACCACACUCCGAGUGUGGUGCUACGCUUGCAACAAGGAAGUCUUCUUGGAGCGGAAACUGGGCCCUCACUCCCCCCACAGCAACGUUAAACCCCUCCCUUUACCUCAAAACGCCGCUCAGGAUUUCAGCUGGGCCCCCGGGAGCCCGACUUCCCUCAGAGUGCCCUCUAACGGAGGUUAUGAAGACCUGGACAUGGAGACAGAGGAGGAGGACGACUUGCAGGCCAAAGGGCUGACGGGGCUGAAGAACAUCGGCAACACCUGCUACAUGAACGCCGCCCUCCAAGCUCUUUCCAACUGCCCACCCUUGACACAGUUCUUCAUCGACUGCAGCAGCCUGGUGAGAACAGACAAGAAGCCCGCUCUUUGCAAAAGCUACCAGAAGCUGGUCUCUGAGCUGUGGCACAAAAACAGACUUUCUUACGUGGUUCCAACCAACUUGUUCCAGGGGAUCAAAGCCAUAAACCCCAUGUUCAGAGGUUAUUCUCAGCAGGACUCCCAGGAAUUCCUGCGCUGCUUAAUGGAUCAGCUUCACGAGGAGCUGAAGGAGCCAGCACUGGAGUCUUACGACCAGUCCAGCGGCGUCGCCAUGGACAGCUGUCCUGAGGACGACAACCGCAGCCAGUCAGACAACGACUUCCAGUCCUGUGAGUCCUGCGGCAGCAGCGAGAGGACGGAUAACGAGCUGCAGUCCACUGUGCUGAUGGACAACACCAACGAGGCGGAGAUGCUGAUUCCUGAUCCAGACGAGAUCCAGGCCAACAGGGAGUGGCAGAAGGAGAAAAACAUGAUAAAUGACCUCUACCGCUCUGGGGUUAACGGGAUCAUGGGAGGAAGCACCGGGGCGGACAUUGACAAGGACGUGGACACCACUGCUGAGACCACACCCAUUAUUAGCAGCCAAGGAGCCAUCAAGGUUCAAGGUCGAACUUCAGAUUGCUUCUCAGAUAUUCAAAUGUCAAACGUCACAAGACCACAAAGUCCCGUCCCUAUGGAGGGACACAUUCCCAAAAUGUCCAGCAGCCCUCCAAAAGCUGCCUGUGGCUGGCCAAGCCGCAACCCGGCACACAAGAAAGGUGUUGCCACAUUCUCCCCUCCAAAGAACAAGCAUCAGAAACGAUACCGAAGCAUCAUUUCAGAUGUGUUUGAUGGGACCAUCGUCAGCUCUGUCCAGUGUCUCACCUGCGAUCGGGUGUCCGUGACCCUGGAGAACUUCCAGGAUAUCUCGUUACCCAUUCCAGGAAAGGAAGACCUGGCCAAACUCCACUCAUCCACCCACCAGACCUCUCUGGUGAAAGCCGGCUCCUGUGGAGACGCUUAUGCGCCUCAAGGGUGGAUCGCGUUAGUGAUGGAGUACAUCAAAAGCUGGUUCUGGGGUCCGGUGGUUACUCUACAAGACUGUCUUGCAGCCUUUUUUGCCAGAGAUGAACUAAAAGGAGAUAAUAUGUAUAGCUGUGAAAAAUGUAAAAAGUUACGAAAUGGAGUCAAAUUUUGUAAGAUGCAGAAUUUGCCAGAGAUCCUGUGUGUUCACUUGAAACGCUUUAGACACGAACUGAUGUUCUCCACCAAGAUCGGCACACAUGUCUCAUUCCCGCUCGAGGGCCUCGACCUGCAGCCUUUCCUGGCCAAGGACAGCUCCGCCCAGACCACCAACUAUGACCUGCUGUCCGUCAUCUGUCACCACGGCACUGCCAGCAGUGGCCACUACAUCGCGUACUGCAGGAACGAUGUGAACAAGCUGUGGUAUGAAUUUGAUGACCAAAGUGUGACCGAGGUGUCCGAGUCCUGCGUCCAGAACGCUGAAGCCUAUGUGCUCUUUUACAAAAAGAGCAGCGAGGACGCGGUGAAAGAACGUAGGAGGGUGUCGGGAUUAUUCAACACGAUGGAGCCCAGCCUUCUGCAGUUCUACGUCUCCCGCCAGUGGCUCAACAAGUUCAAGACAUUCGCAGAGCCGGGGCCCAUCUCCAAUAAGGACUUCCUGUGUGUGCAUGGAGGUGUGCCGCCCAACAAAGCCAAGUACAUCGAUGACCUGGUGGUGAUGCUGCCACAGAAGGUGUGGGAUCACCUUUACAGCAGGUACGGCGGGGGACCAGCGGUCAACCACUUGUACGUUUGCCACACAUGCCAGAUCGAGAUCGAAAAGCUGGAAAAGCGGCGCAAAUCAGAGCUGGAUAUGUUUGUCAGGCUGAACAAGGCGUUCCAGGAGGAGGAGUCUCCGGUGGUCAUAUACUGCAUCAGCAUGCAGUGGUUUCGUGAGUGGGAGGGCUUUGUCAAAGGAAAAGACAAUGAUCCAGCAGGACCUAUUGACAAUUCCAAGAUUACCGUGAACAAGAACGGCCAUUGUGUGCUCAAACAAAGUGCAGACUCUGGACAGAUCUCUGAAGAAACGUGGACCUUUCUCCACUCCAUCUAUGGCGGCGGUCCGCUGGUGACAGUUCGGCCAAACGUCAGCCACCAGGAAGUAGAACUGUCGCAAUCGGAGGAGAAAAUCGAGGUGGAGACGCGUUCUGUUUAAUAAAGCACUUGACAGCAAACAACGGAGUAUAUCUAAGAAAUAUUUAAAAGAAAACUCCUUUUCUUUUUUGCACUUGAUUUUUUUGAUUUCACAAGCAUUCAAAGGACCACCUCUUUGACUUCUCUGUGACAGCUGUGUCUGAAAAGGUUUGUCACGUUGUAAAAAUCUGUAAAAAGAGCUCUUAAAUUUCUACUAGCACUGAGUUCACAGAAGCAAGCGUUGAAAUUUUGUGCAGCUAGAAAAAAAAUGAAUGCCAUAUAUUUUUUCUUUUUCUUGACCAAACAAGCACAUAUUGUAUGUCCAGUUGUGGGUGAUGUAUCAAAGAAUCACUAAAUACCCUGCUGUGUAUGAUCACAUAUUGUUUUCCCCCCUUGUGAGAGAAUAUUGUCCACUGAAUGGUAGUGAGAGCAAAAAUGUGACACUAAAAAGGGAUGAACAUUAAAAGCUUAUGAAGGGACUGAUUGCUGAGUAGUCUCAGGAAUGACUUUUGUGUUUUUGCACUGUUCAGUAGACAAAUUAGCAUGCACCGAGCAGAUGUCUAGUUUGUAUUUGAAUGUAUCAGUGGGGUCAGGAUUUAGCACUUGAUUAUUUAUCUCGAAAGAGUCACCUAUUAAGAUGUCAACAGAUUUUUGUUUGUAAGAAUAUUUGGCAGGCAAUUUAAUAAAUGCAUGCUUAACAACACUCUAGGACAGAAAAUGUCACAUGUAACUGCAUGUAAAUGCAAAGCUACUCACUGAAUUGUACAGAUAUAUAAACCAUCUUGUAGUCUAAUGAGCAUUAUCAGUAAUCUAAUGAAUUAUAGGCAUUAUUUUUUAGUGUAUGGGCAUGGUGUUGCUUCACGUGCUGGCUGAUCGAUCUCCUGAAUGCUGUAAUCCAAGGUUUUUGCAUUUAGAUGAGGUCUAUCCUGAAGAAUUAAUUUGCUGGCUGACUAUUAAAACUUGAUGAAAAUCC